AUUUACUUCAAAAACUACAAUGGGUCAAUCCCUAACACUUUGCUCUGGAGACAGGGAAGAUAAAAACUUAGAGUUCAGACCAAUUAGCACCUCUGCAGACUACGACCCCACAUUCAGUAAUUCCCCUACCCAGCCCAAGGGCCAAAGAAGGAUCAUGCCUAAAGACAGUAGCGCCAAGAAGGAGACGGUGUUUGACAGGUUGUGGAAGCAUAAAGAAAAGAAAGAAAAUUUAUCAGGAGACGAAUUUGAAGAGAAUAAACUUGUCUCAGAAAAUGACAAUAUCCUAAAGGCUGAUGAUCUUGAGGAUAGUGAUGACCAGGCUCUUUUUCCACAUUCAAUCUCUUACACCCAUCUUUCCAAGAUAUUUAAAUUCACCACAAGCGAAGCAAAGACUUUUAAUGAAAGCUCUUCUUUGAUUAUUGAUCUUCACCGCUCAUCCAACAGUGAAUUCAUUACGUCAUUAGAUACCAGAAUGCCAGAAUUAUAUGAAAUAAAGAUUCUAGGUGUCUCAGAUGCUAUUAAACAAGACCUUAAGAAGUUCCUAAGAGAAUACUUCCCUCAAAAAAUCAAAAAAUUUGAGUUGAGUGCCAAAGAAGGAUCGAUUAGCGAUCUUAGUGAAUAUUCUCAAGAACUAUGCAGAGCUACUAAGAGAGUUGAAGAUGAAAUUUCUAUUUCUCAUUUUGAAAUUUCAAACUCCAGUCUUUCAACACUCUUCUCCUCAAUGAAAGAUAUCUCAAAGAUAUCUUUCAUCUCUUGUCUUCUUUCUCUUCCCUCUUUGCCUUUCCUUUCCUCUGGAUCAGUUAAUUUAAACACUCUUUGCCUUGAAAACUGUAGUAGUAAAAACACAGGAGACUGGUCUGAAAAUCCAUCCCACUUCGAGACCCUCGUCCAGUUCCUAACUGAAGGAGGCCAUUUUAAAAGCAGCCACGAUGAAGAAAGGAAAAUUCAAAUUCAUAAUUGUGGACUGACAACAGAGGAGAUUAAGCAAGUGUUACUAAAGUAUGGACUCAGUAAUGUCAAGAUAAUGACAGAGGUGGAUUUCUUUGGAAAUUAUGAAUAAUAAUCACCAAUGCAAAUGGAUUUUAGUCAAGAUAGUCCUCUCUAAGUCAAGAAUUCUUUGGCACAAUUCGGAGACUUAUUGAAAUCCAAAUAGUAAUAGGAUUAGUUUCA